AUGACCUCGUCAACCUCUGCAGUGGAAAAGUCAGAGUGGCUCAUCCACAUCCCAGACCUCCCCGAUGCCAAAGAAAGGAGAGCCGCCGUGUUUCCUCAGCACAUCCAAAGGAUGAAAUCGGACCCUCAGGACUUUUGGGUGUUUGGAGGAGCCACUUUGAAGGACCGUGCGAGCCCGGGACAGCCCCCGCACAUAACCGGCAGCGCCAUGCUAGUCUUUGCCCCCACACGGGACGACGUCCUGGCCCGCCUCAAGGAUGAUCCCCUGGUCAAGGAGCGGGUUUGGGACCUCGAGAAUGCGCAGAUCCAUCCUUUCUUCCGGCCAAAGCGAAGUGCUAUUUGA